CUCAGGCAGCUGCUGGCUGUGGGGUGCAGCUCUCAUCCAGGCAUGCCCAGCCCUCUUACUGUGGGCACCAGAUGUUAUUUUGAGGAUGCUCAUACAGAAGAGCCACCCCAGGAGAAUGCCACUACCCAGGGGAGGUCCUCAGCAUCCCUGUCAACAGUGAAAGAGGGAACCACUGAGACCGUGAGUAUUCCAAGGGGAGCGGGGUUUAUAAAUAAUGCAUUUCCUUUGUCUUGCAGGAGUUCUGGAGGCAGAGGUACAAUCAGAUCAGCUGUGAACAGCUUACAUAGCAAAUCUAAUAGAGCUGAAGUAAUAAUAAAUGACUCUUCGUCUCCAGCUGUUGUUGACAGAAGUAAUGAAAGCAUUAAGCACAACAUUAAACCAGCCUCAUCCAAAUGGAGACACAACCAGACACUCUCUUUGAAGAUCAGGAAACAGAUCUUGAAGUUCCUGGAUGCGGAGAAGGACAUUUCGGUGCUGAAGGGGACGCUGAAGCCGGGGGACAUCAUCCACUACGUCUUUGACCGGGACAGCACCAUGAACGUCUCGCAGAACCUGUACGAGCUGCUGCCCCGCACCUCGCCCCUCAAGGGCAGGCAGUUCCCCACCUGUGCCAUCGUGGGCAACUCGGGGGUGCUGCUGGGCAGCGGCUGCGGCCCCGAGAUUGACGCCCACAGCUUCGUGAUCAGGUAG